AUGGCUAAGAAAGGUGGCAAGAAGGGAAAGAAGGGUGGCGCCAAGGCCACUCCUGCUGCUGCCGUUGUCGACAAUGUCAAUGAUGUUGUAAAUCCCACCGAAGACACCACAACCACUGAGCCCAAGGCUGAGUCUGUCGAUCAGACACAAGCUCCCGUUGAGUCGCAGGCCGCCGAGACUGUUGCUGCACCUGCUGUGACCGAGACAGAGAAGGUCGAGGAGCCUGAGACUUCCGCACCCGUGUCAGAGAUCAAGGAUGACAGCACAGUGCAAGAUGCCGUGAACAAGGUGGAGGCUUCCAAGGCCGGCCAAGUCAGCCAAUUGGAUAACGGAGAGUCACAGGUCAACAAUGUUCUGCCAGAGAGCAGCGUCAAGGAGACCAGCCUCGGCGCAGAGACCUACCCCUCUACCACUGAGACUGUCGCCGAGGAACCCGCCACUUCAGUCGCCGCAGCCCCAUCAACAUCGAUCCCCGAGCGCCCCAAGACCGCCGAGUCAGUCAAGGCUCCCGCUCUCGUCACUGCCCCCGUCACUGCUCCUGCCGCUGCUCCAGUCGCUGCCCCCUUCAUUGCCACAGAGCCCGUGACCACCUCGACCGAGACCGCCGAUGCGGCGCACGCCAAGCGCCCGUACGAGAAGCCCAUCUUCUCAAACGACGAGGUGAAGCCCCCCAAGAUGGCCCGCACCGAGGAGGAGCAAGCUGCCGCCGCCGACAAGAAGGAAGCCGUUUUGGCCGGUGCCGGUCCUGCUUCGACCGCUGCCUACACUUCCCCGGAGCCUGUGCCUGCCACUAGCCCCGUCGCCGAGGCCCCCAAGAAGGCCGAGAGUAGCACCAAGGCCAACCCUGACGCUGUUGCCGCUGCCAACGCUGCCAUCAACACCUCCAAGGCCGACAAGAGUGCCUCUGCCGUCGCAGAGUCCGAGGUCAAGAAGCCCGAGGCUGCCGUCAAGCGCGGAGAAGAGCCCGAGGCCCCCCAGACCGAGACCGCGUCUCAAGAACAAACUGCUGCCACCGAGGCUGUCAACAAGGCUGAAGAGCCCAAGACUGCCGAGCAGACAGAGCAGGCGGCCGAGAAGAAGAAGGGCGGAUUCUUCGCACGGUUGAAGCGCAUGUUCAAGUGA